AAGCGUUUGUUUACAUCAUCUAGCGUUUGUUGAUUUGUUGUUGCCGCCGCUGUUGUUUUUGCAAGCCACCGUUUGUGGCGUGUUUUGUGGUGUUUCCGCGUUAAAAAGCGCACCAAGCGCAUGCUAAAGCGAUGAAUCUGGAACUACUUGAAUCGUUCGGGCAAAACUAUCCGGAAGAAUUUGAUGGCUCGCUGGACUGCAUCUCGCUCGCGGUGACGUGCGCUUUCAACAAGUACGGCACCCUGCUAGCCGUUGGCUGUAACGAUGGGCGCGUGGUCAUCUGGGACUUUCUGACGCGCGGCAUCGCAAAGAUCAUUUCCGCCCACGUACACCCGGUGUGCAGCUUGUGCUGGUCGCGCAAUGGCCACAAGCUGCUGUCCGCCUCGACCGACAACAACGUGUGCAUCUGGGACGUGCUUAGUGGGGACUGCGAGCAGAAGUAUCGGUUUCCGUCGCCGAUCCUGAAGGUACAGUUCCAUCCGCGCAAUGACAACAAGUUCCUGGUGUGUCCGAUGCGCUACGCCGCUAUAUUGGUGGACGUCGGCGGUAAGCACGAGUGUUUGCCGCUGGAUAAUGAUGGCGAUUUAAACAUUGUCGCUGCGUUUGAUCGUCGCGGAGAACACAUCUAUACCGGUAAUGCGAAAGGAAAGAUUCUGGUGCUGAACGCUAACACGCUCGAAAUUGUGGCCAGCUUUAAGAUUGUGCUGGGAAGUUCCAGCGUUACCGCCGUUAAGAGCAUAGAAUUUGCCCGACGAGGAGAAGCGUUUCUCGUGAACACUUCCGACCGUGUCAUACGCGUGUACGACUCCAAGGAGGUGGUGACGUGCGGGAAGGACGGCGAACCGGAACCGAUACAGAAGCUGCAAGAUCUUGUAAACAAAACCACGUGGAAAAAGUGUUGCUUUUCGGGCGACGGUGAGUACAUCUGUGCCGGAAGUGCUCGCCAGCACGCCCUCUACGUGUGGGAGAAAUCGAUCGGCAAUCUCGUUAAGAUCCUGCACGGUACCAAGGGCGAGCUGCUGCUCGACGUGGUCUGGCAUCCGGUGCGGCCAAUCAUUGCCAGCAUCAGCUCCGGGCUGGUGUCGAUCUGGGCCCAGAACCAGGUGGAAAAUUGGUCCGCCUUUGCGCCCGAUUUUAAGGAGCUGGACGAGAACGUAGAGUACGAGGAGCGAGAGUCGGAGUUUGACAUUACUGACGAGGACAAAUCGGUCGACCUGGCGGCGGAAUCGAAACAGGACGAGGAGGUGGAGGUGGACGUCGUGUCGGCCGAGCCGAUUGCCGCCUUCUGCAGCUCCGACGAGGAAUACGAGGAUGAGCAUGCGCUUCAGUUUCUGCCGAUGGCACCGGAGGUGGAAGACCCGGAGGAUGGCUGGGGCUCGCAGGACAAUGACACGCUUGGGGGAGGUGGAGGCGCUGCAGGUUUCGGUGCUUCGGUAGGAGCGCUCGGUGGUGGUAGCGGUGCCGGCAGUGGUGGAGGUGGGUCGGAUUCGAUGAAGGAAAACGAACCUUCGAUGAAGAAGCGUAAAACGAGCCAGUACGAGAUAGCACUGGACAAUGCACCGAUCGACGACGUGCAUCCGUUGCUGCAGAACAAAACGAACAAAGACAAACAGUCGACCACGAGCAAGAAAGCAGCUGGACGUCCGCGGAAAUGAACGACGGGCUUUGGGAAUAAUGCCGUUGCCGAGUGUUUGUUGGCCGUGAAAAUGUAAAGUGCAAAAAAUGGAAAAUACAUCUUUUUAAAUCUCAA